UCAGCAGCGUCAGAAUGAGACGGGGAGAGAUAGAGAGCAGCGAAGCGGAGCUACUGAGGACUGAAGGACUACAAGGUACAAGAGACGCACACCAAGAAUGAGGGAGGAGAACCAUGCUGACCAAAAACGACCAUAAGAAAAGGCUGAAACCUGAACCUUGUUUAUCUUCGUUGAGCUUCGUCUUUGGCUCCAGUAAUUUCCUGGACGCUCAAGUUUACCUACGUUUUGUGGAUUACAUUCUGGAUUUUGUGUUUUGGAUUAAGCUGGCAGCUUCCUGGAAAUUCCUGACUCCUGAACCAAGGCAGAGGCGUACCCUGUCCACCCUCCGACGCAAGUACCUGAACAUUGAACUCUCUCAUGAAUUCACCAGUAUUCACUCCCCAGCUCGUACUGAAGCAUCUGGACAACAUAGCUUUGCACACCCAAGUACUGACUCCCUCUACCCCUGGCGACCUGACGGCAUUUACUUAAACAACAGCACCAAACAAACCUACAGUUAGAGCAGAUAACUUCCAUGCUUCAACAGGCUUCGAAUACUCAGUCCGCCCCAUGGGUAGAUGGCGCUGCAGCAUCACCACCAUCGCAACAGCUUCUGUAUGUCCGUGACGUCACCUCACCAAACCCGGAAAAAUUUUCAGGAGAGAACUAAUCAGGAAUGCCCAAGGAAGUCAUCACCUGCAGGCCAUUGGUCAAAAAGUGAGAAAGGCUCUGACAGUGAUGUCCAAUCAGAGUUGGCUAAACUACUAAGGAGGUCAAUAAUGAAAGAAUCCCCAGAGUUUAUUGUACAUUGAAUUCCUGUCUACAACUUCAAUAGAUAACUCUUUUAAUCUGCCACUGCAACACUUGGAUUUAUUUUGGUAAACAUAAGCAAGAACUUCUUCCCUUUUUAUUGGAUACAACCUUGCUGAGGCUGGCUCAUGUCAUCGCUUGCCUCCAUCGCUUUCAGCUCCUCCGGGGGCUGAGCCAACCUACAGAGGAGCAUGGGCAGACGAGUGGCAGAUCCAACUAAUCCGGUGCCUGCGCUGGGAGUUCCUCUAGCUGGGGGGCGAUGGGGUCCACUUUGCAGCAUUGGGGUGCAGACAUCUCCCAGACUGCACACUCUCCCCUCUAUCAAACAACCUGGCAGCCAACAGAUCAGCACUCAUCAUCCACACACCAUGGCGACAGAACAAGCACUGGCAGCGGACAUAGCAGGAGCCAUCAGAAGUGACAGCAAGAGCCGGCCAGUGUCCAAAGAGACAUCUCAGAACGAAAUCAACAGCCUUACACAAGACGACAUGGGGUCGCAAGGGUCAGGCAGUGGAGUUUAUUGCCAGAUCAGGACCAUACAAACAAAUCUCAAGGACACAAAAGAUAAAAGGACCACUCGGUAUAUAAAUGGGAGUGUGGUAGCCUCGGAUUUGGUGGGAGGAGUUUGCAGUGAAGCCACAGAAAUUAAGGAGCCAGCGCAGGAAAAGAGAAGGGUGCAAUCUCUGCGAGGGGAAGGCCAUCGCUCAGUGUUAAAGACAGCGAGCGUUUGUCCAGCUGCACACGCCACUACACCUCGGCCCUGUCAAAAAAUGACAACCUCACCGCAACGUCUUUGUGCAACAUGUGGGAGGAGACGUUCACAGAUUACACAGUGCACAGGUGCAUGUCGCAGAAGAGCAGUCAAUCAAAUAACAGUAAGCCAGACUUUACCUAAUCCAGCACGGAAAACAUCUGUAGCUCCCCCCCAGUUAAGGAAAGCCUCUGCUGCUCUGAGCUCUCAGUCUUGUUCCAAAAGCACAGACAGAGCCAACCCACAGCAGCACACAUCAAUAAAGACUGCUCAUAUACCCCAGCUGUCCCACACCAUGCCAAAAACACACAGUUCUCAGUUUAACCACACAGUACAUACUCAUAGCCAAACAAAAGAGUCACAAUUGCAGACAAGGCCACAUUCAGCAGACUUUACCUGUUAUAAGGACUCAGCCACACAAACGUCAGAAACACACACACUCUUCAACACAGAGAAAACAACAGCUGAUGCACCACACACACAAAAUACAAAGGCAACCCAACCACAUCUAAUAGAUAACAACAAGAACAAUCAGGGUCAGUGCCAUACAACUGAUGAAUCAGUCAGCAACAUUUCCAGACCUCAGACUCCUUCCUCUCUCAGUGACUCAAAAUCCAGCAGCAUCCCACCCCUUCCACCAAAACACUCUCCUAAGGUGACCCAUUCCAAACCAGCCACACCUGCAUCGCAAACAAUAACACAAGAGACCACAAAGUCGCCUAAACAAUCCUCGGAACGUAUCAAAUUCAAGGACACAAAGCAGAAGAGCAAAUCAUUUGAUGACAACACUCUCCCUUGUAAGACUCAUAUGAAAGCACAAUGUAAUGGGGCACCAGGAGGACUUUUAGAUGGACAUACAGUUUAUGCACCACCUGGGCUGGAGAGGCAGCUACAGAGUGUAGAGGAGAACCUUCUAUCCAAUCAGGAGAAGAUCAAGGUGCUUCUCAAUGUGAUUCAAGACCUGGAGAAGAGCAAAGCUUUAAGCGAAGGUCGCAGCUCAUACAGAACUGGCCAAGACAUUAACAACUGCUCCGCCUGCCAGAAGACGGCCUGCAUCAUUUACAGUGUGGAGCAUGAUUUCCGACAGCAGGAGGGACACUUCCAGGGGGUGAUUGAAGCCCUCGAGGGUGAAUAUGAUGUGCCUGCCCCAACUCAGACCAAGCCCACGCCAGCUCCCUUGUCCUCCAGCCGCCCCAACACCAAGGCACGUGUCAAGAAACUGCGCAAGAAGUGUUUCUGGUGGCUCUAAGUGUCACAGAAAUCAUAAACACCUUUCUGGGUAGCAGGUGCAGGUGUACUUAAUUAUAUUUCACAUGAACCAAAAUGUUCUGCUGUGGCGGAAAUGUCUUCAUGUGGAUGUGCAAAGAGCAAAAGUUUCAUCAGACCCAAACCGAAAUGUUCUUUCCAAAAGUUUCCAUGUAAGUGGAUUUUUGUCUGCAGCUGCUUAUCCUAGGGCCUGACAGAAUAUAAUGGUAAGCACGCAGGCAAAAUACAGAGACAAAAAGGAAUACCAUUGUUUCUUUAAAGCCACAGAGAAGCCACAGAGAUUUCCCCUCAGCCUGAAAAGAUGACCCUGUUUUUUGCAACAAGAAAAAGACUUCAUGGGAUACAGCAAUUCUUCAGCUAACUUACAAUUAGAGUAAGGAUGCUAUUUUUUAAACCAAAGCUAUAGAGGAUAAAUGAGGAUUAACUAAGACUUCAUACAAAUGGCUUGAGUAACUGACUAAAUUGAUGGACAGAUCUAUGGGCUGUUGCAGCAAUAAGCAGAAGACUUCAUGUAAAUCCAUGGAUUUUAACUGCUUGCAAUAUUCAUUUGGAAGUCUUGACCGCUGAAAUGUGAAUGUAGCAGCACUUGUAUUACUAGAGACAUGCUGGGGAAUACGAGCUGAUGACCCAUCUGGAAACACAAUGCUUGCUCAACGGAGAAUGAACUCGGAAUACAUGAAGGGACAAUGUGAUAGGAAGUUGAUGAAAGACUGACAAGUCUGUGUCAGAUAAUUAAAAUAAAUCUGUCAACGCUGGCUGACAGAGUGAUUGAUUCUCUCUUUUAUUUUUCAUCCAAAAACGGAAAGCUCAGUUUGUUUUUAAAGAGUUUCACACAGUGUGCAUACAAAUACUUGCACAAAAAGGGUUUAUGAGCACUGACUUACACCUUCAAUAAACCAACUGAAUCACAAGACAUAACUUCCCUACAUAUGCAUGCAUAAAGUCAAAAUUUAUUCCACUUGCGAUCCAGACCAUCUAUCACUUUGCUUUUAAAACUUAGCGAGCAUUAAUAAUGUAGAACUGCAUCAUUAUUUAUGCCUUUGGAGUCAAUACGGUAAAACUGAUUUAAGAUCAAGAGUUAAACUAAAAGUUUAGGUCUGAAUUUUUCUUGAAUGACUCAAAAAGAACAGAAGGAUUAUUUGUUCAGGUACUGCAAAUGUUUCUCAAAAAGUUCAAAAAUUAUUAGGUAGUAAAAUUUUGAGAAUUUAUGCAACACUGGGUAUAAUGACAAUGGAAACACAAUUAACAUGGGAAGGGAUGCAUAAAUUAGUAAAAAUAAAAGCUGUUUAGGUUCUGCAUUGUUCGCUUCUCUACCAUCUAUGUACAAAGAGGGCAUUUUUUUUUUAUACUCUCACAUUAUUUGUACCAAGCUUGAUUCCUAGCCAUUGAGGGUAUAACCACUAAUCUUACAAAGGCCUACUUCAGAAUGUUGUGGCUGACAAGUUGCCCCCAAUUAGAAUCCUGGAUGACAGCACACUCACUAAUUAUCCAAUCUAUAUCCAGAAUGCCCUGUCAUAGCAUUUUUCUAAUCUGUUCCUUAACAGCGCGUCAGCUCCAGCAAAGCCCUCUCCUCUGAUCUUCCACUUGUAUGUCCAAUAAAACGUGUAUUUUGAACAAAA